AUGUUCGACCUCUACGUUGACGCACGCGACCUGUACUGUGUUGACUUCAUGAACAGCAAGGGCAAGGUUAUCGACCGCAUCGACGGCGUUUACUUUGACGAACUGGAGCGCGUGUUCCGCGAACAUACCGCCAUGCAGACGCGGAUGCCCAAGGAGGAAGUAAUCGAACGCUUAAAGGAAUUCGCAUGGAGUCCAGGUCGCGCAUGGGCGCGAUUGGACAUCUUGCUCGAAGAAAGGGAAUGGGUCGUUGAAGCCGAGAAUGGCGGCGAAGCGCACACAGAACCCUACACCGACGAGGUGGAGUAUUUCGACCCAAAGACAGGCGCAAGAAGUUGGGAACCAGUGCUUCGGUUUGAGCCGAACGAAAAGUCGUACGAGGACUACGAGGAGGUGUCGCUUCAAGAGAGCGACAUUGAAUGGUUCGAUGACUUGGACAACUGCGCCAAGGCUCUUGACGAGGGCGUGAUGGUUAUCGGAGGACGAACAUUAAAACUCGCCAGUGAAUAA